GCGUCCAUUACGUCAUUCAGGCAGGUGCUUUUUUUACUUGCAGUUUUCAGACAACACUAUAAAGCAGCAGCCCGUUUAGCACUUGCAUCAUAGCCUUUAUAGUUGAUGCACAUCGAUAACGCUAACAUUUAAUUCAAUAAGCCAAUAUUCAGUCGCCCGAAUAGAAUAACAUUUGGUGCUUUGCAAUUGGAGCCUGCUGUAUAUAAACGGGACUUCCAUGUAUAUGUCCGUGCUGUAGAAGGAAAAGAGAGCCCUUUGCACCGAGCAGAAAAGAAGUCCAUCCUGCAGUCUGUAUAUUAUAGGGUGGUGUUGUGGAGCGUAAUGCUGGGUUGCAGCUCACGAAGAGGAGGAGGCUGCUAUCUGGGAUGGCUUCUGACCUUAACCCUGACCCUGCCUCUGGCCUCCCUACAGAUGGACCACCAUGGACUCCAAGGCCACCCCCUCCAUCCUAACCACCAGGCCACCAGAGGGGAGCGGUCUAAGCUGCUGCUGCUGUCCUUCGAUGGGUUCCGCUGGGACUACGUGGACCGUGUCCCCACCCCUAACUUCCACGCCCUGAUGGAGGAGGGGUCAAGAGUUGAGCAGGUUGAGAACGCCUACAUCACAAAGACCUUCCCUGACCACUACACCCUGGUCACCGGGCUGCAUGCCGAGACGCACGGCAUCGUGGGUAACGAGAUGUACGACCCCGACCUUAACGCCUCCUUCUCCAUGGAGACGCAUAGCGCCUAUGAGCCACGCUGGUGGGCUGGGGCAGAGCCUCUGUGGGUGACCAAUCAGAAGCAGGGUGGGCGGAGCGGCGGGGUGAUGUGGCCGGGGUCGGACGUGGAGAUCGGGGGGGCGUACCCGUCACGCUACGUUCCGUACAACGCAUCGGUGAGUUUCGAGAGGCGCGUGGAGACGAUGGUAGCCUGGCUGAUGGGGGAGGGGCCAGGGGAGGGGGUUGGGUCUGUGCAGGGGGGUGUGGACUUUGGCGUGCUAUACUGGGAGGAGCCUGACGAGAGCGGUCACAACCUGGGCCCAGAGAACCCUCUAAUGGACGUGGUCAUCGCUGAUAUAGACGACAAGCUCGGCUUCCUCCGCAACGAGCUGCGCAAGAAGGGUCUGUACGAGAGUGUGAACCUGAUUGUGACCAGUGAUCAUGGCAUGACCCAGUUGUCCAUGGACAAGGUGAUCGAGCUGGACCAAUACCUAGACAGAGACCUCUACACCUGGGUGGACAAGAGCCCCGUGGUGGGAAUACUACCGAGAGAAGGUAAGUUAGAGGAGGUUUAUAGUGCGCUGGUGGAGGCCAAUCCCAACAUGGUGGUGUAUAGGAGGGAACAGAUCCCUGACCGUUUCCACUACCGUCACAACAACAGGAUCAUGCCCAUCAUUAUCGAGGCCAAGGAGGGCUGGACCAUCACCCAGAACAGAACCACUGGACCACACAUGUUGGGUAACCACGGCUAUGACAACACCCUACCCAGCAUGCACCCUGUCUUCGUGGCGCGUGGCCCCGCCUUCCGUCAGAACUACAUGAAGAGUUCCAUGCGUUCCGUUGACCUCUACCCCCUCAUGUGUCACAUCCUGUCUGUCCGGCCCCGCCCCAACAAUGGUUCUCUAGCCCGGGUUAGGGACCUCCUCUCUGAGCCCUCCCCCCCCACACCCUCCACCCCCCUGGAGGGCAGAUACCAGCCUUCCUUCGCCAACACCCUGGGCGUGGUCCUGGGGGUUGUCAUGGUGACAGGGUUCCUGGUGGUUAUCAUCAAACAGAUGACGCUCCGACAACUACCCAGCAGGCACUUCAGGAGCAGAGAGAUGGCGCAGCCGCUACUACAGGAAGAUCUACAGCUUUAG